UUUGUCCUUCGCUUUGGCCCCAGGACUGCGCUUUUCCCUUUUCUCUGCCUCUUUCUUUUUCCCCUUACUUACUACUACUAGUCAUUCCUUUGCAGACCGAGAAGGAGAAGAAGAAGACCUUCUCGCGCAUUUCUUUGCUCUUGAACGAGGAGUCGUUGCGGUUUUGCACAGAGGAAACUGGUUUUGCAUGGGUGCCUUUUUUUGGAUUUUCAUGCAGCAGAUUUGCAAAAAGUCCCUUUGCAGCUUGGCUGAAGUUUGGUGACUAUUAUGAUGAGCAAAGGAUCGCUUAUUUCGGAGUUGGAGAUUCAAAGAUCUUGACUUUUUCCUCGACUUUAUUUACUUUUGGAAGUGGAUUUUUUUUUUGGUUGUCUUCUACAUUUAUUUUGUUUUGAUUAGAUAUGGAGCCGAGGAAGCCACCCAGGAGCUGAGCCUUUCCUGCAACAAGAAAAGGAAAACAAGGGUCAUCCCUUGGCUUUGAAGGUCAACCCAGGACAAGUAACCUCCUACAUUGAGAUACAGACCUGAUGAAGAUACGGCCAUGGACGAAGAGGCAGCGAUCAAUUCUAUUAUGAAGGAUCUUGCUGCCCUGGGCAAGUGCGGCGGUCUCUUGGACAGCAACAGGAACAAAAACCACGUCCAUUCUAGCAAGCAGUUGCGGAAUGCCAGGAUCAAAUUUGAACAUGAUGGAGAGAAAAGGAUUAUGCAGUUCCAGAGGCCGGUUAAAUUCAAAGAGGUCCUACAGAAAGUCAUGGAUGCUUUCGGGCAGAUGAUGGACUUACAUUAUGCAAACAACGAGCUCCUGAUUCCCCUGAAAUCCCAGGAAGACUUGGACCGAGCUGUGGAACACUUGGACCUCAGCCCUUCUCUCAAGAGCCUGCGAGUCUUCGUGAAAACUCCAAAGAAAACAAACCCUCUGCAGCCCAACAACAGCAAGCAGCAUGAGAUGAGGAUAUCCAAGUCAAUGGGAGACAUCAUGGGAUCCCUGUACAAAGAUGCGGAGAGGACACGGAAGCAUUCGACAGGUUCCUUGCACACAGGUCGAAGUUCUCCACCUCCUGGAAGCGUUCCUGAAGAGCAACAGCAGAUUGCUCGGCAAGGUUCCUACACAAGUAUCAAUAGCGAAGGGGAGUUCAUUCCCGAAACUAUGGACCAAAAUUUGCUGGAAUCCUUCAUCAGUCCAGCUGAUUCUCUCUCAGGAAGCUGCCAGUCCUUGGACCAAUCCGUAGACAGCCCUCCCUUUAGCCAAACCCCUGUUUCGAGACGGAAGAGAGAAGCCAAAGAUAGCCUUGAAUGUCUAGAUUUCGAUAUCCCCUUCUGUGACCGAUUUGGGAAAGGAGGUACCUUCCCAAGGCAGUAUCACCUCUCCCAGACCCGCAAGGACUACAAUGACGGCCGAAGGACUUUCCCUAGGAGUUACGUUCCUCCACAAAACCAAUUCCAGCUCCUUCCAUCCAGCCGAACGAAGAGUUAUAACGGAGACAAGCUUGUCACCUUGCGGUACGAGGAACGCGGAGGCAACAAGUGGUGGCACAACUGCGACAAAAUCUUCCAAGGCUUUGGCUCUUCUCCUGACAAGACCAGGAACAGUAGGUUACCUCCUGCAUUGCAAGCACCUGUGAAUUGGAGGCUUGGGAAAUUAUUGGGCCGAGGUGCCUUUGGAGAAGUCUACCUCUGCUACGAUGUUGACACCGGACGAGAACUUUCUGUAAAGCAGGUGCCUUUUGAUCCCGACAGCCAAGAGACGAGCAAAGAGGUGAACGCUUUAGAAUGUGAGAUCCAGCUGCUCAAAACCCUCCGCCAUGAAAGGAUAGUUCAGUAUUACGGCUGCUUACGGGACGCCGAGGAGAGGAAGCUGUCCAUCUUUGUGGAAUACAUGCCAGGGGGUUCGGUCAAAGACCAGCUGAAAGCCUAUGGGGCCCUAACAGAGAACGUGACUCGGAAGUACACCAGGCAGAUCCUACAAGGGGUUUUCUACCUGCACAGCAAUAUGAUUGUACACAGAGAUAUCAAAGGUGCCAACAUUUUGAGGGAUUCUGCUGGGAAUGUGAAACUGGGAGACUUUGGGGCCAGCAAACGCAUCCAGACCAUCUGCAUGUCUGGAACGGGGAUGAAAUCGGUCACGGGAACCCCGUAUUGGAUGAGUCCCGAAGUGAUCAGCGGGGAAGGAUAUGGAAGGAAAGCAGACGUAUGGAGCGUGGGCUGCACCGUGGUCGAGAUGUUGACGGAAAAGCCUCCCUGGGCCGAAUUCGAAGCCAUGGCGGCUAUCUUCAAGAUCGCCACUCAGCCCACAAAGCCCCAGCUCCCAGAUGGCGUGUCGGACUCUUGCCGCAAUUUCCUCAAGCUGAUCUUCGUGGAGGAGAAGCGGAGGCCCACAGCGGAAGACCUCUUGAGGCACCCCUUUGCCAGCUUCAGCCUCUAGCGGGUCUCCCUGCGAGAGGAAGGAAGGAAGAAAGGAAGGAAGGGAAGGGGGGCAAGGUCCAAAGUCGGUGAAGCGAGUAGCAUCCGUCACCUCCAGAGCCAUGCUGCACACACUUCUAAACCCAACCGAUUUGGGUUCUUCCCAAAUGUGCUGCAUUGCUAUCCUACAUGCCAUGUUGGCCAGGUGGACACCGCAUUGGCAAAGUCUCUAAGCAACACUUCCAUCCGUCUUGACAUUGUGGAGGAUGAUGGGUGGGAUGGAAUGGAGGAGAUGCUGGAUUUGGAGACGAGUGGACCCUCUGUUUGUCACUAGGACACAACGGACUUGGAACAGCCAUUGCAGAACAAAGAAGGUUGACUUUUUCUCGUCCGUAAUGGUUGACUAGAACCAAAUGGACCACAGCAACACUCAGCAAUGGGCAUUGUCUUUGUUGCCAGGUUGCUUUCUGGGAUGAAGCAAAUAUAGAAAUAAAUCCAGAUCAAAGGAAUAAUGGCUGCUGCAAAUGGAAAAGCCAUGACUCUUUAGCAGGCGUCUGAUGCACAUAGUAGCUCCAGCUUUGGGGAGCAAGAGGUUAAAGAGAGUUGUUAUAUAUUUUUUGGUGGUUGCUAUAAUAAUCAGUGGUUAAAGAUAUCGCAAGGAUGGAGCCUGAAAUGAUCUGUAAUCCAGAGGUAGGGUUGCAAAGUGAUCGGGUCGAAUCGAACGAACAUUAGGGGAAUGCCAGAAGGAAAUGGGCAUCCUCCAAAGCUAUUUAUCUUUCCUGUCGACCAAAAGAGAAAAUGAAUUACAUACCUGGCCUACCUAUAACAGAAAUGUUUCUUCGGCCUCUUUUAUUAAAGAUUCUCUACGAUGUGGACCACACCAAUCCAUUUCAUGAUCAGAAUAUGCAUCUACACAGUAGACCUAUUGCAGUUUGACAAUGCUUUCACUGCUGUCGCUCAGUAACAUGGAAUCAUGGGAUUUGUAAUUUUAUAAAGUCUUAGUUUUUCUGCCAAAGAGUGCUGAUGCCUCACCAAACAAUUCCAGGGGUUCUUGGGAGUUAAGGUGGUGCCAAACUGCAUUAAUUCUACAGUGUGAAUGCAUCCAUUGUCUUGAUCAAUUCCCGAAAAGGAAGAGAGCCAUGGCAUUGCCAGCCAACCAGGACAAAGCAAGUGUUUUUAUCCGUCCACUUACUCAGGCCCUUUCUACACUUCUAUAUAAAAUCCAGAUUAUCUGCUUUGAACUGGAUUAUAUGGCAGUGUAGACUAAUAUAAUCCGGUUCAAAGCAGAUAAUCUGGAUUAUAUGGCAGUGUAGAAGGGGCAUCUGUUGAUCAAUGCUGCUAAAUGGAAUUCUAAGUUCUCUGUCCAGAUGUAAUAUCAAUUAUGUGCUUUGCUUUGUAUUUUGAGCAAACGGGAAUGUUUUACCAUACACUUGGCUCGGUUUAUAUAGUACAGUUGGCCCUCUGUAUACAUGGAUUCUGCAUUCAGAUUCCAACAUCCAUAGCUUGGAAAUACAUAUUUAGAAAGCCAAGAAAACAAACCUUAAUUUCGGCACCAUUUUCAAACCAAAAUGCACCAAAGCUAGACACUUUCUUACCGCCCCAAAAGGGAGGAAAAUACAUGCAUUAGAAAACUCACAGGAAUUGAAAAAUAAUUCAUAUAGAAUCUGGACUGAAAGAAACUUGAAAAUUAACUGGAAAUGAAAGUGAAGGCAAGAACAAACCCAUUCUGAACAACUCUUGCCAAUACAACCUUAUGAUACUCCCCUUAGGAUCACUAUACGUUGGAUGGCAUACAACUACAGUGUGUAACUAAGCAAAGAAAAAAUAUUUUUGGGAGCAUCUUUCCAACCAUAAUGCAUUAAAUAAAUGAAGAUAUAUCUGAAUAUUGAGUUUGGAGCCGAAUAACAAUGUUUUGUUUUAUUUUCUAUCUAUGCAAUGCAUUUCAACUUAAGUAGCAUCCAGCCAGUCCUGGCUAAGCAUUUAGAUCAGGUCUCAUUCAUUCCUAUGGAUCGGAACUAUACCAUCAAUGUUAUCUAUGGACUAAAACCCUUAAAGUAGUGUCAAACUGCAUCAAUCCUAUGGUGUAGACCAGGCAUGGGCAAACUUGGGCCCUCCAGGUGUUUUGGACUUCAACUCCCACAAUUCCUAACAGCCUACCGGCUGUUAGGAAUUGUGGGAGUUGAAGUCCAAAACACCUGGAGGGCCCAAGUUUGCACAUGCUUGGUGUAGACACACUAUUAGAAUGGACUGGAAAAUGGACCAAAACAGAAUUUAAUUGAGGUGUGAAUACCUCCUUGUGUGCAGACUAGUCCCAAUUAAUUUGAUUGCAAUUUGGAGUGUCUUGCCAUCUGGAUUCCAUUCUCAGUCCAUAGGGAAACUGGUGGAGAAAAUGCGAAUUCCGUAGAAAUGAAAUGUCAGACGGCUGGGGUUUUUGCAUUGGGCAGGGCUGUUGCUUGACCUACUUUUAUUUUGGAAAAGACUUGUUUACGGAGUUUGUGAGAUGGUGCAACCAAUUCAGAGCCAUGCAACCCUUUAAGUCAUGCACAGAUCUCCGUGCACUCUGUACUAUUACACUAGGUAACAAAAUUUGAAAGAAAAAAAGUUAUGUUCCUGGUUUGGAAGUAUUAUUUCCUGUUUAAUUGUGCGGCCCUUACUUUGAAAAUAGUUGUCAUACUCCAGAAACUUUGUUUUUGUGCCACAAACUAUGAUGAAUUCGUUGAGAUUCGAUUAUGAGAUUGGAAAACUAGAGCAAAAUGUGCUACAGAAUGUCCCUCUUGCAGAAACAAAGUUUUUGCAAUUUAAUUAACUUUUCCCCAUGUCUUUACGAUAGAACCAAUUAGGAAAUGACAUACCUUGUCAAAACGACAAAUCCUAGGCUUCCAUAGUAUUGAGCCACUGCAGUUAUAAAGCGGUGUCAGACUGCAUUAAUUUUACAAUAUAGAUGCCCUAAGAGAGGAAUGAGUGGGACCUGAUGUGAAUGCUUGGUUUGAGACCCUGAUUUAAACCAUUUGCAUCUAAAAAUAAUGCACUGUGCCAAAUCGUAAUAUGGGUUUUAAUGCCGUAUUGCAAAAUUUCCAAUCCCAUAUCAAUGCCACUGUCGAAGACCCUUGACCUUUGGAAAGGGUUAAAUACUAUUGUAUUAUAUUAUUUCAGCUCUGGAAAUACUUUUGUGCAUAGGAAAAACAAGGAAACAAAGAAAGAAACAAACCGUUUGAAUGUACUUUGUUCCAAUGCUGUAAAAAUGCUUCAUUCUUUCUUCCCAGAUGCAUGAAAUAAAGUAUUUUUUAAAUUUUGUGGUAA